AUGAAUCUUUGGGAUACUGGAGGAGUAGAGAAAUUUAAUGAAUUUAGUCUAUCUGAAUUAUAUUAUAGAGGUGCAGACUUUAUCUUUUUAGUGUUUGAUCUAUUUGAUCGCCAAUCUUUUAUAGAUUUACCUCUAUGGUUGGAUAAUGCCAAUCGAGCUGACAGUGCUCAUCGCAUACCACCAAACAUAAUUCUCAUUGGCAACAAAAUGGAUUUGGAAGCAAAGAAAAAAGAGAGACAUGUUCGCUUGGAUGAAGCUCAAACAUUUGCUUUGACAAGAGGACUACAAUACAUUGAAACUAGUGCUCUCCAAAAUGAGAAUUGUGAAGAAAUUAAAGAGUUGGUCUUGCAUCAUAUCGACAAAACAAUUAAAAAGGAAAAGGAAGCAGAGGGUCAUCGUCGUUGGACGGACAAAAGAAGAACAAAUAACUCACUCUAUUUUCUUAUUCAUUCAUUUAAUGUAAUGUAUCAUAUAAAUAGAUAG